CUGAUUCAAACUUUGAAUUAAUUUCGAAGCUCAGUGGGAAGAAAAUCAAAAGUUAGAAUGGUUGGCCGUACAGUGCAAGUGGUGUUGACUUUGCUGCUGCUGGUCCAGAUUCUGGCGGUGGCAGCAGCAGAAGAAGAAGAGUCCGAUCAGAGGAUGCAUCCGCAGUCCUUUAUGUUUGCAACGACGACAAGGCAGAAGCGUUCCUCGGGGAAGCUGCCAAAGCUUCGCUUUCAACCGGCUGACAUCGAGCGGCACCAGGACUACUGGAAUAACGUGGCCCAGAGCACGUUGGCCCGGCAGUUAGGCAAAAAUCAACUCAACACCGAGGUGGCCCGGAACAUCAUCAUGUUCCUGGGUGACGGUCUUUCGAUACCGACGUUGGCCGCCACCCGGGUCUUCCUGGGGGACGAGAGCACCGAGUUGUCGUUUGAGAAAUUUCCCUACGUCGGUCUGUCCAAGACAUACUGUGCUAAUGUGCAGGUUGCGGACUCGGCCUGCACGGCCACUGCAUAUCUUGCGGGAGUGAAAGCCAACUACGGAACCAUCGGUCUGUCGGCAGCUGCCACGCUGGGGGAUUGCCACGCUCAGAACAACACCGACUAUCACGUCCAGUCAAUUGCUAAAUGGGCACAAGACUACGGUAUGGCAACCGGUUUCGUCACCACCACCCAGGUAACGAACGCCUCGCCCGCAGGUGUGUACGCAAAUACGGCCAACCGCAACUGGGAAAACGAUGCCAACGUCCGGGAUGACGGAUUCGAUCCGAACGUUUGUUCGGAUAUUGCCACCCAGCUGAUCCACGGGGACGUUGGACGACGACUGAAGGUCAUAAUGGGCGGCGGUCGUCGUGAGUUCCUCCCGAAUACCACCACCGACGACGAAGGCGUCCCCGGCCAACGGACCGAUGGCACCGAUUUAAUCAAACACUGGCUUCAUCACAAACAAUCCCACGGCCAUCACCGUGCCGCAUACGUACAGAAUCGUGAUCAAUUAUUGGAGGUCGAUGAAGAUACCGAGUACUUGCUGGGGUUGUUCGAUGCAAAGCAUCUUCCCUAUCACAUCGACGCCGACGCCAAGGUGAAACCGACGCUGGAGGAGAUGGUCGGCAAGGCGUUGGAUGUGCUGGAACGGGCCAGCCACCAUCGGGGAUAUUUUCUCUUUGUGGAAGGAGGACGCAUUGACCAUGGCCAUCAUUACACCCAACCAUUGCGGGCAUUCGAUGAGACGGUGGAAUUUGCCAAAGCAGUCGAGCUAGCCCGUCAGAGGACAUCCCUCGAGGACACCCUGAUAGUGGUGACGGCGGACCAUUCCCACACUAUGACCAUGAGUGGGUAUUCGAGUCGUCGGAACGACAUACUCGGUAUCAACGAUAGCCAACCGGCGGAGGAUAGUCUACCGUAUGCAACCAUUAGCUACGCGAACGGACCCGGCUAUGAGCGCCACGUAGAUCGAGAUGGACGAUUGAACCUGAACCAGGUGAACAUGCAUGACCAGCGAUUCGAGUUUCCCAGCACCGUCCCCCUAGGCCUGGAGACGCACGGUGGAGAUGAUGUGGCCGUGUUUGCUAGCGGCCCAUGGGCUCAUUUAUUCACCGGGACGUUCGAGCAGAACUACAUUCCCCAUGCCAUGGCCUACGCAGCUUGUGUCGGAUCCGGAAGGACGGCCUGUGGCGAUCAGUAGGACCCUGUUCCGAGCGACGCCGUCACAAAACUGAAUGAAUCUCAAAAAAAACCAUUUAUCAAAACAGCAAUCUUUUACUCCGCAUUACAACGGCUUCCCACCAGGAAUUAAAAUUGUGAAUCGCCUUGAAAACGUGCAAAAACAAAAACUAAAA